AUGGCGCGUUCACAAUCAUUGCCAACAUUGAGUGGACGUGCCGUUGUACCCUGCAUAUACCUACGUAUACUAAAAGCUACCCCAACAUUCCUAACGAGCAGCAAGGCACCACGAUUCACCCUCCUAUUCGAACAAUGUUUGCGCAACUUAAGAAAUGAAUUUUGUGAGUCAGAUAUGCAGGCCAAACCACUGACACGGCAAGGCAAAUACGAAAUCAAGUAUGCACUCAAAACUGAACUUUUGAUUUCGACUAAAGCCGUGGCUGGUGAACACACCGAGCCUACUUAG